AGUAUAGGCCUCCUGAGUCUCUUUGCAAUGAGCCUGAUGCUAUGUUGGGGAAUAAGAAAAAGAAAAUUGAUUAUGCUUAAAGAGAAGUUCUUUGAACAAAAUGGUGGGCUGAUGUUACAACAAAGACUAUCAAGUACUGAGAAAGGACCUUUUGAGACAACUAAAAUCUUCACAGCGAAAGAGCUAGAAGUGGCAACAAACAAUUACCAUGAAAGUAGAGUCAUUGGUGAAGGAGGUUAUGGAAUAGUUUAUAAAGGAAUAUUGCCAAACAACAAGGUGGUCGCCAUAAAAAAGUCCAAAUUUGGGGCUCAAAUAGUCCCAACUGAGCAAAUUGAACAAUUCAUCAAUGAGGUAAUUCUGCUCAUGCAAAUUAACCAUAGAAAUGUGGUUAGGCUUUUAGGUUGUUGUCUGGAGACCGAAGUACCUCUCUUAGUUUAUGAAUUCAUUACCAAUGGAACUCUUUUUCAACAUAUCCACAAUAAAGGCAAUGAAGCAUAUACCUCACUUUCAUGGGAAUUGAGAUUGAAGAUUGCAACUGAAACUGCAGGAGCUUUAGCAUACUUACACUAUGAAACCAAUACCCCAAUUGUUCACAGAGAUAUAAAGACAAUGAACAUACUUUUGGAUGAAAAUUUCAUAGCAAAGGUGUCAGAUUUUGGAACGUCAAGGUUAAUUCCUAUAGAUGAAGAUCAGUUAUCAACUUUGGUGCAAGGCACAGUUGGGUACUUAGACCCUGAAUACUUGCAAACAAGCCAACUUACUGAAAAGAGUGACGUGUAUAGCUUUGGAGUUGUUCUAGGGGAGCUAUUAACAGGGCAGAAAGCCUUUUCUUUUGAUAAAUCAAACAAUGUUAGUCAAGUCCUAGCAAUGUCCCUCCUCUCUUUGAAAGAUGAUGAUCAGUUUAACAAAUUCAUUGAUGAUGAUAUCCUCAAUGAUGGAAAUAUGGAGGUAAUUAAAGAAGUUGCAAAUCUUACAAAACGAUGUUUGAGGAUAAAAGGUGAUGAUAGACCUACCAUGAAAGAAGUAGCUAUGGAGCUAGAGGGAUUACGAGCUAUGUCAAAGCAUCCAUGGAUGAACGUUGAUCAUCUAGACACUGAAGAAUCUCAACAUUUGCUUGGGGCAAAACUUCCAAUUAAUCCUUACAGUGGUUAUGAUCUUGAAUGUGGUUCGAGUGGUGCUACAACUGCUAUGUAUGACAGCAUGCAAACUCAACCAAUAUUGAAUCCAUUUGAUGACGGGCGCUAGAGAUUGCAUCGUCAACA